GGGAAAGGUGUUAAAUAGAGAUUAAAGGAAUUUGCCAUAGCUUGCAGAGUACGCGAAUUUAACAAUUGCUGCGCAGUUAAUUCACCUGUAAGCAAUUUAACGUUACGUCUACGUUGCAUGCAAAUACGUAACGUGAGCACAGAGCAGUAAAAUUGGCAACGUGGUUGGUGUCAUUGAGACUGAAAAAGGUGUCAGUAACAAAUCCAAAGCUUUCACAUACAAAAAAAAAUUAUUUUUGUUUCGCGAUAUUCAAAAAAGAAAUUACUUUUCAACUAAUAAAGUUUUACAUCAUCAGGCGUGUGCCUUUGAGAACCAAUUCCAAUUGGGAGUAUUACCAAAUCCGCAACUCUGCGUCUGGCUGGAUCCGCCGUAAAAGUGUGUGUUUGUGUGUCAGCACUCCCGCGUGUUUUUGUGAGUGUUCUGCAUUAGUAGAAAGAAGAAGAAGCAUCAGCCGCAGAAGUAGAAGCAGCGGAAUAAGUAGGAGGGCGAAAGUGUGUCGUUGCCGUCGAUUUCGUCGCGUGUAAUUUUUAUAUUAUAUCCGAUUCGAACAGAAAAAAGUGAAAUUCUGUACAAAAACACACAUCCAACUAUGGCGGCGCAGGAAAACACAGAAGUAACAACAAAAUUCUCAACUCUAAAUGUGAAUGCAGUGGAAUUUGUGCCCAGCUUUAAUUACAAUAGUGCUGCCAGCGCGGCGGCUGUUGCUGCGGCUGCAGCGCAAGCGGCAGUCUCGGCGCCAGCACCACAAUCAACCACAACACAGCAACAGCAGCUGCCAGUGGAGACUGUUGCGCCUAGCAGCUCCUUGCCGGCAUCUGGUAGUGCCACACCAGCCACAACGCCUGAUUCUGCAGGCUCUGGAGAUUCAACAAAUGCCCUAAACGCAGCAGCAGCUGCAGCGGGAACGGAGGCGAUAGCGGCGGCGCCUUCUUCAUCGAACUCUACAUCGCCAGUACAAGGGUCGCCAGUCACCACGCCUUCUUCAGCAACAGCGGCAGCGCCAGUCGAAAAUAUAAGUGCGGCGGACAAAACGGCAGCCAACAAUGAAACCGAUCCUGCUGAUAGCUGGGACAAUGAAGACGACGCAAUUAUUACACCCGAUGACGAGGAGAUCGAUGAUGCUGAAUUUACGGAGGGAGAAGCUACGCCAAAAGUCUCAAAGAAAAAGAUACCGAAAGUGGAGGAGAAUAGAAGCAAGCGUGAGCAUGUGAACGUCGUAUUUAUAGGUCAUGUUGAUGCUGGAAAAUCGACAAUUGGUGGCCAAAUCAUGUCCCUGACGGGCAUGGUGGACAAACGCACGUUAGAAAAAUACGAAAGAGAAGCGCGCGAGAAGUCACGCGAAAGCUGGUAUCUAUCCUGGGCCUUGGACACAAAUCAGGAAGAGCGCGACAAAGGCAAAACCGUUGAGGUGGGCCGAGCCUUUUUCGAAACGGAUCGCAAGCAUUUCACCAUACUUGAUGCGCCUGGUCACAAAAGUUUUGUGCCUAAUAUGAUUGGCGGGGCGGCACAGGCAGAUCUGGCGGUUUUGGUUAUAUCGGCGCGGAAAGGUGAAUUUGAGACGGGAUUUGACCGAGGCGGGCAAACGCGCGAGCAUGCCAUGUUGGCGAAGACUGCGGGCGUUAAGCAUUUGGUCGUGCUCGUAAACAAAAUGGAUGACCCGACAGUGAACUGGGAUCAGGAGCGUUACAACGAAUGCAAAGACAAGAUACUACCAUACCUCAAGAAGCUGGGCUUUAAUCCAGCUAAGGAUCUUACCUUUAUGCCUUGCUCGGGUCUAAGUGGACUGGGAUUGAGGGAACAAAUAUCAGAAACAAUAUGCCCGUGGUAUAGAGGGCCCGCCUUCAUACCUUUCAUCGAUGAACUGCCUUCGCUCAAUCGCAAACUAGAUGGCCCAUUCAUUAUGCCAAUUGUUGACAAAUACAAAGAUAUGGGCACAGUAGUCAUGGGUAAAGUGGAAUCCGGUACAGCGCGCAAGGGACAGAAUUUGCUUGUAAUGCCAAAUCGGACGCAAGUGGCUGUGGAUCAACUGUUCUCAGACGACUAUGAAGUGACAUCCGUGGGUCCAGGUGAAAAUGUCAAAAUUAAGCUGAAAGGCAUUGAGGAAGAGGACGUGUCACCUGGUUUUGUGAUCUGCGAUGCGGCGAAUCCAAUUAAAACAGGCAAAAUCUUUGAUGCUCAGGUCGUUAUAUUAGAACACAAAUCAAUUAUCUGUGCGGGCUACUCGGCAGUUAUGCAUAUACACUGUGCCGCAGAGGAGGUGACGGUGAAGGCACUAAUAUGUUUGGUCGACAAAAAGACUGGCGAGAAAUCAAAAACACGUCCAAGAUUCGUUAAACAGGAUCAGGUUGCAAUUAUGCGUAUUGAAUGUUCCGGAAUGAUAUGCCUUGAACAAUUUAAACUAUUUCCACAAAUGGGUCGUUUUACGCUGAGAGAUGAGAACAAAACCAUUGCUAUUGGAAAAGUGCUGAAAGUGAUCGAAUAAAUUGAGCUAAGCUCAGUUCGAGCGUCCGCCUUUUGCUGCGGAACAACAACGGAUCCCGCGCACUUUUAAACGCACGUAAACGACAAAUGCCACGUUUUUUUCAUAUACAUUUUAUUGACAACCCAAACAGACAACUUUACACUCUCACACAUAUACACACACACACACACACACACACAAAAGUACUUUUACUUUCUCUACUAAAAACAAACAAACAAACAACCAACAAACCAACCACAAAUUUAAAUUACAACAAUAGCAAUUGAUUAUGAUAAUGAAUAGACAGCGUUAUAGAAAGUAUCUAAAUAGCAAACGAAAUGAACGAAUCGUAGAGUGCAUUACAAGCAUAAAAGUAGAGUUAAAAGAGAGCAACAGAAAUGCAUUAUAUAUAAAAUAUAAACUAUAUUAUGUGUAACUAAAUCGGAAAAUUGCUAAAAAGAUGUAAUAUUUAUAUACGAUUAUGGCGUUUAUGAUUAUUAUGCCAUCGCAAAUAGGUUUUUGUUGAGGCACUGAUAUUGAAAAAUGUACACAACAAGCCGCCGGCUCCGGUUUAUUAUUUAUAUAAACCAAAAUAACCGAUGUAUAUGCCUAAAACAAGUUUAAAACAAAAGCAGUCGUGAAUUUUAAAACUAAAGCUGUAAGCUACCAUUUUUAUAUUUAUACAAAGACCGCUACCGUUAAUAAGUGGAAUAAUUUUGUUUACUCUUUAUUUUUGCUUCAAUAUUUUGUAUUGCAACUUGUUAUUUGCUAAACACCCACAAUAUUAUUUCCACGCGGGCUAAAAUGAAAAUGAAGCAGAUAUCAAUCAAUGUCUUGUUAUUUCAAUAUUCAAAUUUAAAACACUGCUUUAAUUUAAAUUUAAGCUUAAAAUGAAGUGAGCAUCUUCUUUUUUGACAUCUACAUCUCUAUAAAAGUAAAGUUUUAUCCGCAACUUUGAUUACGUAAUAUGUUAUCUUUAGAUUUUAUUUUAUAUGCCUACAACCAUUUGUUCGCUCCCUAUAAUUUAUGUAUUUUCCUAAUUUUUCAACCCUUACAUUAUUCAAAUUAGUAAAUUUAUAUAAAAAAGAAAACAACAAAUCGAUUGUGAAACGGAAUAAAAAAUGCACUAUUCUUCA